AUGGAUCUGUCGCAGCCGCCGCAGCCGUUCCUUGAUCCCGGCGUGUGGGAGCGGAUGAAGGCCGCAGGGAGGGACGCGUCGAGGGUUCCAAGUGCUGAGCGGGAGGAAGGGGAGGAAGAGAGGAGGCGGCGGAGGGAGCGCGAGGCGGAGUUUGGGCAGAUGGCUAACAAAAAGCAAAUGCACGUGAACCCUAGACAAAUCUCAUGCCGGCUCGUUCUCGUCGUCAUAUCGUAA